AUGACAACAAAUCAUUUGAAAUAUCUAUGGAAAAAAAAUUUUCAUUUACAUCAUAUGAAUGAUUGUGAUGAUUUGAAUUUUUAUUAUAAAAAAUUCUUAAAUAAAUUAAGUAAAUUAUGUUUAAAAAUAUUCCUUCCAUUAUUAUCAUUAAUUUAUCUUUUUACUCUUUUUCUUUGUCGUUUAUUCUUAUCAAAUCAAAUAUUUGAUAUUCGAACAAUAAGUUUAUUAUUAUUAAUCUUUUUAACUUUCAUUUUAUUAUUACUUAUACGUUUGCAUAAAAGAUGGAAAAAGCUUUGGAUUUUAACACGAUUUUUAAUAAUUUUUCUUUUAACAAUUCCAUUAAUAAUAUCUUAUCAAACAGAACAAUUUCAUAUAUUACUAGCAACCAUUUCUAUUAUAACUAUGUAUGCUUUAUUAACAUUUACUUUACUUCAAUCAGUAUUGAUUUCAAUAAGUAUUUCAAUUUUACAUAUUAGUCUUUUAUUAAAUCAUCAAACAAAUCAAAUUCAAUGGAAAAGUUCAGAAUUUUUUUCAAUAAUUUUUUAUCAUUUUACUAUUAAUAUAUUUGGUCUAUAUGCAUAUAUACAAUCAAUAAAACAUAUACGUCAACAUUUUUAUAUUUACAAAAAGAAUCUAUUAGAAAAAAAUAAAUAUAAUGUUGAUUGUAAAAAAUUACAAACUAUUAUUGGGUACUGUCAACAAUCACAAUCUAGUUCAAGUAUAAAUUUUCAAUCAAAAUCAGGUACAGUCAUCAAUUGUUCUCUAUCAAUAAAUGAACAAACUCGUACUCAUACAUGUGAUGAAUUAGCAUCAUUAAUCGAUGUUCUCUAUUGUCAAAUUGAACAAUUAAUAAUAAAAAUACAACCAACAGCAUAUUAUAUAUUUGAUAAUGAAACAAUAAUUAUAACAUUAUUUAAUGAAAAUAAUAAUGAACAAUUAAAUGUUGAUAAUAGUUGUCGUUUAGCUAUUGAAUUAUUUCGUUUUAUUCAACAUGUUAAUAAUAUCACACAAUGGAAUUUAAAAUUAAUUAUUGGUAUUGAUUAUAAUCAAAUAAAUAUAUAUUCAUCUAAAUAUAUUGAAAUUUUACCAUAUAAUUAUUCUCGAUGGUUACGUGAAGAAUGUCUUAUUAAUAAUCAUAUAUAUGUAUCAUCAAAAAUCUAUAAUAUUCUAAAAGACAAUCAAUAUUAUAAAUUAUCAUUAAUAACAAAUCAUUCAACAUAUUUACUUUCAAAUGAAACUAUGUAUGAAUUAUAUAAUAAUAAUAUUAUAUCAAUGAAUAUAUCAGAUAUGAUUGAUCAAUUAACACGUAUUCAAGUUGAUUAUCAUGUUAAAAAACAUACAAAUACAAAAACAUUAACACAUUCAUUACGAAAACAAAGUUUAUUUGAAUUAACAUCGAAAUAUAUACAUUGGUUUAGUUUAAAUUUUAAAGAAGAUUAUUUAACAAAAGAUUUUCAAAUAAUACAUCGUACAAAUCGUCCAAAUUGUUUUAUUUAUAUAUUUAUAUUAAUGAUUUUAAUUGGAUCAUUAUUACAAUCAUUUGUUAUUGAUUAUUUAAAUAUAUAUUAUUUAAUAUUAUAUCCAUUAGUUAUUAUUGGACUUGUUUUAUUUAUAAUUAUAUUUUAUUGUUCAAUACAUAUGAAUAAUUCAGAUAGCAAUAAAAAAUUUUAUAUUUAUUUAAAUAUUCUUAUUUGUAUAACAUUAACAAUAAUAGUUUUUGUUGCUAUACAAUAUCAUUCAAUAAAAAAUUUUCAAUAUUUAUUUAUGUCAAGUCAAUCGAUUAAUAAAACAAUAAUAACAACGAAAUUAAACAAUUUAUCUGCUAAUCAAAUUAAUUUAACAAGUCGUCAAUUAUUAUUUCAUCGUCAAUAUCAUGAAUAUCUUGUAUUAACACCGAUAUAUCCACUUUAUUUCUGUACUUUAUUUCGUCAAUGUUCAUGGUUAAUAAAAACAUUCUUCAUUAUUAUUUGUUCAAUUUUACAAUUAUAUAUGUUAGAAUAUAUUUGGUUAACAACAAAUACAUAUUUUUCAUCUAUAAAUAGUUUACAUCAUUAUACAACAUCGACAUUGAUUAUAUUUCAUAAUUCUCUUUUAAUUAUUUUAUCAUAUAUUCAUGAAUGGUUAGAAAAAAUUGAUUUUGUUUGGUUUAAACAAAUUGAUAAUGAACGUUUAAUAAUAAUUCGACAACGAAAUCAAUUUAUUAAACAAACAUCUUUUCUUUUACCAUUACGUGUUAUUAAUUAUUAUUUGAAUACAAAUUCAAAUUUAUCAUUAACACAACAUUAUCAUUAUAAAUAUGAUCAAAUGGGUUUAUUAUAUAUUCGUUUUAAUUUAUUAAAUAAUAAAGAUGAAUAUUCAUUAAUUAAUUUUAUUAAUAAUAUUGAAUAUUUAUUAAAAAAUAAUGAUAAAUAUAAUAAUAUAGUUAUGCAUAAAAAGUCAACAAUAAGAGAAAUUAUUUUUUCUAUGGAUGUAUCAAGUUCAUUAAAAUCCAUUCAAGAGUUAGUUGAAUUAUUAUUUCAAAUCGAUGAACAUAUAAAAUUACUUCAAAUAAAUUUUACUGCUUGUUUACAUAUCGGUUGUAUCAAUGAAAUCUUAAUACAUUUUGAAAAAUAUCCUAAAAUUGAUAUAUGGAGUGAACAUAUAUCAUUUAUUCAAUUACUUAUGUCGAAAAUACAACAAAACCAUUGUUUAGUAACAUCAUCAGUAUAUCAUUUAUUAAAUGAUUUAUAUUUAUUUCGAAUAGCUGGAUCGGUCAUAAAUACACCGAUGAAUAUUGAAAAUAAUACAAGUAUUUAUUUUUUACUAGGACGUCUUAUUGGAGAUAAUAUAUUUCAAGGUCGUAAUGCACUUCCAUUGACAAUUAAUCAACCAAAUAAUGAUACUAUUCCAAAGUCUUCUAGUCUAGAUGAUUCUCAAUGUUCUCAAUAUCAAUAUAAACAUAAUUCUCACAAUGAUAAAAAUCCUUCAACAACAACAACAACAUCAUCAUCAGGUAUUCUUAAUGAUCAACAAAGUCUUCUUAAACAAUCAUUACAAAAACAUAAGCGUACAUCAAAUACAAAUUCCAGUCAAUCAUCAUAUCGUCAUACACUUUUACAAGCAUUAGAUCCUACAGCAAAUACUUUACAUCAAAUAAGUCCAAUAAAAAAACUUUCAAAACUAAUUCAUUCAAAUGAAAAUAAUCGCUGGUCAUCAAAAGAAACAGUAACAAGUGCUAAUAAAUAUUUAAUGCUUACACAAAAAUUGCUCAAUAAAUCAACAGAUGAUAAUAAUAAUCGUUCGAAAUCAACUCCACCAUUAUUAAAUCGACCUUUUUCUUCUGAACAUAAACAUUCUACAGACAAUAAAUUUAACCAAUUAUUACAUGAACAGUCAUCAAAAGACAUAAUUAAUCUUUCACGUAGUCUAUCCACAACAAAUGAAGAAACAAAUUCAUCAUUUUCUGGUUGGGAUGAUCCAUCUUCUUCAUUAUUACCAAUAAAUAAUGAAAAACAAAAAGAAUCUAUUAAACAGACAUCUUCUCCACCUAUGAUUGAUUCUUAUUAUCCAUCAUAUCCAUGUGAUCUAUCGUUUACUGUUAAUAUGACAACAACACUAGCAGAUACUAAAUCAAAUCCUUCUACAGUAACUUCACAACAACGACAACAACAGCAGCAAGAGAUGACUAAAUUUCGAUCAAUGCGAUUUAAUUUAGCACGUAAAUUAAUUGCUGAAACAUCUGAAAGUGAAAUAUCAAUUCAACAUGAACCUUGGACACAAAAUAUUGUUUAUCAAUCAAAUGAUCAUCAACAAAAACGUCUUUCAUCAAGUUAUAAUAAUUUAUCAAAAUUUCAUUCAAAAGAAGCACAAUCACCAUCUAGAUAUCAUCGUGAUUUUUUACAAAAUUGGCUUGAAGAUCAAUUAAAUCAAUUUCGUGGUCAAACUAAACAAAUUCCAACAUUAUUAACAAGGAAAUCAAAUCGAUUUUCUAACAUUAAAAAUGAUUCAACAGAUGAUGAAUCAGAUACAAUUCAAGAUAAUACAUAUCCUAUUUUACAUACAAAAUCAACUAAACAUUCUCAUAAUCAUAUUCGAUAUAAAUCAGUUCGAAAAACUUCAAAUCUUAUACGACAUGAAUCACUUAAACAUAGAAAUAUACCACUUUCAUUUGAAAAUAAUUUUUUAAAACAACUUCCAAAACGACGAACAGAUUCAUCAUCAAUACCACAUUCUGAUUUAAGUGAUAUAUCAUCAUUACAAUUAGAUAAUAUAUCUCAAAGUAUUUUAUCAAAUAUUGAAUCUGAUUAUGAUAAUAUGUGUACAGAAGGUGUAAAUUCUAAUCCAACAACAACAACUAUUAUAAUGAAUUCACAAAUUAUAACUGAUGAUGAGAGUGAUGAUCAAACAACUUUAGCAACAACAAUAAAUCGACAUUACUUUUGA